CUACGUGCCUCCUUAAAAUUACUUACGAGUAGAAGUAAACAAACGUGAUUUCCCAAGAUGUACUCUUCGUGGAGCGUAGUAAAUUUUAAAAACUCGACCAUGAUUAAUGUGAGAGUAAUUAAAAAUGUGAAAACUUUAACAAAAUAAAAGAGAAAUAUGUACAGACUUCGGAAAUGCUUUAGCAGACGUUUUUGAUAAGGACUAUGUACGUUAUGAACGUCUAAGUAUGUAUUUUCCUAAAAGUCGAAACAAGCAGUAUUGUAUGGAUAUUAAAAUUUAAUACAAAAUAAUAAGUUCGCAGGUUAAUGAUACACAAGCAAGGGAAGGAUAGAUUAAAUGACAAAGGAUAUUCCACACUCAAAUAGAAAAUUACUAACAUAUCAAAACCGAAAUCGAGUUGUUAAAUAUAUGAUGUUUCAAAAAAUCGAUACGACGUAAAGAAGUAGCUAAAAAUACAGCAUUAUUUAUUGUCUUCGCCUUCACUUUAUGCUAAUCCGAACAAUGAACUGAAUUCCAAGCUUUUGCUUUAUGACUAUCAUAUAUAGCUGUUUUCCUGGCUUAUAUUUAUUUAGCCCAGGCACACAAAUUGUAAAUGACAAAGACCAUCAGAAGACUCGUCUAAGCUUGCAGUUAGAUUUGAUUUAUUUUUCCGUUUUUUGAGCAAAAGUUUUGAGUGGUAUCGUAUGACUGUGAAAACAGUCAGAACAAUACAACAAUCAGAUUAAAUAAUGCUUUUACAAUAAAAACAAUAAAUGUUCCGAAAACAUUUUAUGUCCCUCCAUGCUAUUUCGAAAGGACAAGGAAUUAUGGCGUUAUGCGUCAAAAAACCUGUCAAGAGAUUUCGAUGGGAUGAACAAUCCUCAUCAACACCUCCUUCAAACGGAUCUUCAAUACCAGAACUUGCAGCAAUACCAGAAUUCAUUUUGUCAUACUAUGAUUACAUCAAACACGCUAACAUCCAAUCUCGAAUAUAUUGGUUCGUUUACGGAAGUAAGUUACGAACAGAAAGCGAGCAAUUCCCAAAGUGGAUUUACUUGUGGAAACGAUUGCGACGCUUUCACCGUCCUUACAAACGAAGAGGGACAAGCUCAAAACCAAAAACACCUCAGGCGCUCGUUGGAUUACUUACCCAGAUUAUCCCAUUGUUCCCUCCAAUCGAACUUGAAGAACCAGUUGAAUCCAACUAUAUCGAUAACGAAUGUAACAACGGCUGCUUCAAAUACAAAUACGGGAACAUUUACGGCGACAGUAAAUAUGCUGCGAAAUUGUUGUGGCGUCAGCGGUCUGCCGACAGAUUAUCCCUCAAUCAAUUCAAUUUCCCAUCAAAACGAAAAACCAGAUGUAGGCCAAGAAGCAGUAGAUGGAAAACAAUUACAAAAGUCUCAACAAAUCUUUCGAAAGCUUAUGAAAAUGCUCAAUCGGCAACAACAAGGGGAAUUAUUGGAUUCAGUCAGAUGUCGAAAAGAAAUGUCUGCUUCACACGAUUCCCAAUGUAUUUUAUUAAAACGAUCCUUAAUUUACAAAGAAGAGCCACAUGUGAUUUGUUGCCGAUUAUUCCUCUGGCCAAAUUUGAGAGAUGCAACAGAGCUGAAACGUUUGCCAAUCUGCACAGCCGACCGAUACUCUAUUUAUGUUUGCUGCAAUCCUUUGCAUUGGUGUCGGGUCCUCGAAACAGAACACUUGUACACAGACACUGUACGAAAAUACCACAUCUUAUGGCGAAUUUUACUUAAUCUGGGUAUUAUUGUAUUUUAUGAUUUAGGCCGCUGGCUUAAAUCUCGCUUUAACUAUCCAUGGCAUUGAUUCUACUACAUUUGACAUCUCUGCAGAUGUGAUGCUGUUUCAAGCAAAUACUAUGUGUUCUAUUGCUGAGUAGCAGUUCUGUUCUGUUCUUUCUUUUGCUUCCCUCAAAUAUUUAGCCAUAUUCUAGUACACUCGUGGCCAUGCAAACCUUACCACUUAAAAUUUUGAAGUGUUGUGACAACACUUUAUAGCGGUAUUAAAAUUUUUUAUUGAGAACAAAGUUAAUGACAUGUUAUUUAUCGGAAAUAUUAAUAAUUUGAAACAUAGUGAGCUUUACAAAAUGAGUGCGAAAUGUA